UUCGAAAAUCAAAUUUAGUCUUCGGUUUGGAUCGUCGUCUAAGAAAUUCUAUAGAAAAUCUAGACCCGCUCCCUGAUUUCGAAAACAGCAGGAAGUUUCGGGGUUUUCCCGCGGGGUCAACCGUUUUUAAAAUUUUGACUCAAAAAAUUGCUCUAAAUAUUUUAUUCAAAGUUCCCGCUAUUAGGGAGCGCUUCUGUCGCGUACAUUGUGAAAAAGCUCUAAGCAUUCAAACAAACCAACAAACGUGAGCAAAGUAUUUCACGGUUAACACGUGUCUGAAUACUUAUACUCAUUCUCCUCGUGUUUAUUUAUAAAAUUUUCAGUGUUUAUUUAUAAACUUUUCUCAAAAAAAAGUCAAUUAUUACCAACAAACUAGUGCUGCUUUCAAAAUAAAUAAAUAAAUUAUUUAAAUAUAUAAUAAUAAAAAUGGCAGAAGCAAUUAAGAAGAAACGAGGUUACACAAUCGUAAAAAAGCACACUAUUGUUUAUGAGUGGAUGAUAAACGAAAUAAGUUCAUACAUUAAAUCUUCUUAUACCGCUAAAAAAAGUAUAUCACUCUAUUCCCCAGAAUUUGGUACAGACUCUGGCGUAAAAGAUUCCUGGCGACUUCAUCUAAGAUUCAAUCCUCCACAAUCUUCAGGAAACAAAGACUAUAUUUCAAUAUUUUUACGGUCUUUGAAUUCAAACCGAGUUAUAAAAACAAGAGUUGUCCACUUUAUUUUAAAUAAGAAAAGAGAAAAAGUUUUCAUACAGAAACACAGCCAAGAGUUUGAAGUCGAGCAAAGUUUAGGCUAUCAGAAGUUUCUGAAAAAAAGUGAGUUACUGGAAAAGAAAGAUGUGUUGAUUCCCUACGAUACAUUGACACUAGGAGUUGAGCUCAGUGUCUUUGAUGAUUAUUGGACGAUUUCAACUUCUGCUCCAUUCAAUGAAUCAAAACGUCUGAUGACUUGCGACUACGAAGAACUAUAUCGCACCAAAAUCGGCACUGACAUAUCUCUAAUUGUACAAGACAAAAAGUUUGAAGCUCAUAAAUUGAUACUGAUGGUACGCAGUCCUGUGUUCCAUGCGAUGCUGACUACUGAAAUGAAAGACACGAUCACUAUACACGACGUAAAACCAGAAAUAUUUAAUUGUGUAUUAGAAUUUCUUUAUACUGAUAAAGUUACUGGACUUAAUGACAUUGCGGAGGAUCUACUGACAGCAGCUGACAAGUAUCAGAUACAAACACUCAAGCAAAUGUGUGUUGAGUCCCUCUGUUUGUCUCUAAAUAUUGAAAAUGCCGCAAAACUGCUUCUUCUUGCGGAUCGUCAUAAAGCGAAAUUGAUGCUAAAAUAUGUCGCGGAAUUCAUGUCAAUAAAUGCUGAGAACGUCACGAAAACGGAGGAGUAUAAAUCUAUGGAAUCAGUAAAACCGGAUUUAGCACUAUCGGUAUUUAAAAAUUUUUCGGCGCUGAAAAUUUAAGAUAAAUAAAUUUAUGGAAAGAUAUAUUGCGCUGCCUGUAUUAAAUUUCGAAGUCAUAUUUAAUUAUUAAAUGUCAUUUUAAUAAAUACGUAUAAAAAAAGUAUGUUACUAAUUUUAGUAUGUAAAAGUAGUUACAUAGAUACUAGAAUAUAGUAAUUUGUAAAUUAUUUAUAAGUAAUUUAUGGUUUAAUUUUUAUAAAUAAAUCUGGU